AUGCCGUCUGUGAACUCGGGGUACACCUUUGAGGACUUCCUCAAGCGCCUGGAGCGCAGUCCCAAGACGCACAUGUCACCGCUUUAUCACGAGCAUCGAGAGCUCUUUUUGCGUCGCCCGGAUAUGUUUUCACGUGCCGUCCGUUCCGUCACUUGGGAAAAGGGGUGUGCAUUGAUCGAUGCGGCUUACCACUCGCAGCCGAUUGCUCUUGUCACAUACCGCGCUCUUCUCGCACGUAUGAUACUACAUAACCAGUACGUGAGGCGUAACGGUUCGAGAAACUUGGUUUCAUGGAAGGCAGCCCUGCGAACAUAUUCCGAGGCCAUUCUCGCGCAUGGCAAUGCUGUUCCGACGCGGAUGACGAUAUCCGCAUUGCGUCUUUUGGCACCACAACGUCAGUGGGUGGCCGCCAUCUCACUCCUUAAGCUCAGUCAAGCAAAUGGGAAGCUGACAAUCCACAUGCCCAUAGAUGCGGCUGGUUGCUGUGCAACUCCCUCGUUGUGGAAGACGGCCAUGGCACUGCUUGGUCAUGUACACACACAGUCACCCAACUUGCUCCCUGAGUGCAUUCAAAGUCUUCGACCCAUUGGGACGGAUGAAUCGACGGUCUCUACUGCUGCAAAUGCAUUAUUAAUUGACAAGAAUGGUCCAACACCCGAGCAGAAACAUGUUCUUUCUAUUUUAAAUGACGUGGUGGCGUCAGCACCAUGGGAGACGGCCUUGUCAAACGAAAUGUGUACGUCGUAUCUCACACAUUUAGUGGCAAGUACAACCUACACAACGCAAGAAAAAACGGAGGCUCUUAUAUCGGCAACACGGCAUUUUUCAUGGGAGGCAUUUAUGAGGCUGGUGACGGCUCAAGACGCAUCCAUUUUGAAAAUUUCAGGCAACAGCACACCACAAUUACCGACGACGACAGAAAUGGAGAAAAAAACACAAAGGGAGCUGGAGAUAUCACCUCUGAACUCACCUUUUUUUAGUGAAAGUUUGCAACUGCUCGAAAACGCGCCCGAGACGGCGGUACCUCUUAUUGCGACUAUAAUAGGCAAGCUUCCCUCGGCCAAGCUUGCGGCAACUUUUUUGAGUGAGGCAGCUUCCAUGUACCGUGGUACUAUUGCCACCACUGCGUUACGUCAUUCACUCGUUGCGAGUGCUUUAUUGCGGAAAUGUUCAGAGGAAUCUGAGUGGCGUCUUGCGUCUUCUGUGUUACUUUCCAUGUCGCCAAGCCCAUUGCCUUGUGACGUGGCCACUGCACUUGUAUUGCAGAUGCGGGAAGCAAAGCAGGUCUCACUGGUUGUAGACAUUCUUCAAAAGUCCUUUGUGCCGGCCAAGACCACGUUAACACGGGAGGCCAUGGAAGCGGUACUUGUGUGUGUGUUGGCACACAAUCGUGCUGUGUCUAUGCCAGCCUCUCAGUUUACGCCAGAGACGCUGAAGAGGAGAAGGAUAGCCACGGUCCAUUGGCUCUCCGCACUGAGUUGGGCGACCGAUUUAGUACAGGACGAGGUGGAGGGUCGUAUUUUGCGAACGGAAUCUGCCGUUUCGGUGGGUUCUGUAGGCCAUUCUUUUCCCAAAUUUGUUCCGCUUCAGAAGCCUUUGUCGUCUCGUAUGCUCAGCCUGCUUAUUCAUAUAUGUGUGAGGGCUGGUAGCCCACAAGGAGCUUUACAUGCGAUGGGCUACGCUCGCGCCGUCGACAAGACCGAGCUGGUUCUUUCUGAAGCGAUUCAGGCCCUUCUUUACUGUAUGAUAUACAACCGUCCAUACGAGGCCGAAGCUAUUGUGAGGGAGGCUGAGAAGAAACACGGGAAGGAAAAGGCGCAGUUUCUUGAACGGUUAUUGCUGGCCAUUCAAGAGACGAAGGAACACGAAUUGGGCACCACAGGGAAUUAA